CAAUACUAAAUUUUUUUAUUUCAUAUUUUUACAUAAAAAAUAAUAACAAUGUAAACGUCGAUAAAGGCAGUUAAAAAUAUGAGUAGCCCGAGUGGAGCACGGAAGUGUCAUGUACAGAAGAUAGAGUCGGAAGAGUUCCAAUUUUACUUAAUAGAAGAUAAAUCAAGGGGUGGUCAGGUUAUCACUUCUGUGACCAAAGACGGUCCUGCUUAUCGAGGUGGGCUGAAAAACGGAGAUAGAAUCAUUUCUAUCAAUGGAAAAAAUGUUCAAUCAAAAUCCCACAAUAAAAUCGUUUCAAUAAUUAGAAAAUGUGAACCAACUAACGAGAUCACAUUCUCGCUUAUUGAUAGUGAAAAAGAUCCUAAUACUCCAAAGCCAAAACCACAAAAAACGUCGUCGAAUUCCGUAGGUGAUGCCCGACCAAGAAUUUGUAGAAUGAAGAAAAAGAACAACAGCUUUGGGUUUUUUCUUGGAAGAUUCUGCUCCCUGUAAUCCUAAUAUUGAUCGCUUCCAAAUGUGAACCCUAUACCACCGAUCAUGGCAUAUAGUCAUACUUUAGUCAAAUAAUGAAAAAAGUUUCGAGUGAAAUUACUAGAACAUGGACGACUCGUUGGCAGUUGGCAAGAUCAAAUCAUUAGUUUUAUUUGUUGGUGACAAAACCAAAUAAUUAAAUUUCGUUACUUUAUAUACAUAUAUAUUGUGUUUAAAAGGUCAUUCCAUCAGGCAUGUAACAAAAGGAGGUGCUGCAGAUCAAGCAAGUUUAAGAGCUGGUGAUCGACUAAUUGCUGUUGGAAAA